AUGACGGCGAAGGAACAAGAAGACCUGGAGUUCCUGUGGAAGUGGCGCAAGUACCUGCUGCUGCUGGCCACACUGGUCGCCAGCGUCACCUACGGCGCCGGCCUCAACCCGCCGGGCGGCGUGUGGUCCGAGGACAACUACGCCCCAGCGCGCCACGUCGGCGCCGUCCACCCGCGGGCGCGAGCGCCGGUGUCCCCGGAUGCGGCGGUCUACCCGAACCGCGUCGGCGACCCGGUGCUCGUGUCCACCUACUCGCGCAGGUACAAUGCCUUCUUCUACUGCAACGCCGCCGCCUUCGUCUCGUCCCUGGUCGUCAUCAUGUUCCUGCUGGACCGCCGCAUCAGCGGCAACCGAGCCGGCCUAGCCGUGCUCCGCAUCGCCAUGCUGCUCGACCUGCUUGCCCUCAUGGCCGCCUUCGCCGCGGGGAGCUGCCGUGACGUGGUCGCCUCCAUCUACGUCUCCGCGCUCUUCGCCCUCGUCUUCGCCUGCGUCGCCAUCCUCGUGGUCGUGGAGAGACUCUGCAAGGAGCCGCCGGACUCCGGACCUUUCUCGAUCACGGUAGAGAACCUUAACCUCAAAGAGCGGCGCAAGAUGCUGCUGCUGCUCGCCACCUUCGCGACGCCGCUGACGUACGCCGCGGGCCUGGCGCCUCCGGGAGGCUUCUGGAGCGAGAGCGUGGCCGAGCACCACGCCGGCGCGCCGCUGCUGCACGACGGGCGCUACAAGAUCCGCUACCACGCAUUCUUCUACGCCAACGCCAACUCCUUCGUCGCCUCCCUCGUCAUCAUCAUGCUGCUCAUGAGCAGGACGCUGAGCGACCGCCUCACCCGGUACCACGCGCUGUUUGUGUGCGUCAUGGUGGAGCUGCUGGGCCUCAUGGCCGCCUACGCCGCCGGGAGCUGCAGGCGGCCCACCACGACUGUGUACGUCGUGUCCCUCGUCGGCGCCGUGCUCCUCUACAUUGUGCUGGUGCCGGUGUUCACCUUGGAAGCAUUCAGGGGACGGCGGAUAUCUCGGAUCACCACGUACGUAAUCAAGCUCAGACACACUCCGCUAGCUUCGAGGACAACCCCCGUCCAUGAUGGGCAGGAAGAGAAGCUGGAGCAGUCGCGGUCGCUGGUUCUGCUGAUGGCCACGUUGGCGGCGACGGUGACCUACCAGGCAGGGCUGAGCCCGCCGGGCGGCGUCUGGCCGGAAGGGCAUCCGGAUCACACCGCGGGGAACCCGGUUCUCCAGGACAUGCACCCCACGAGGUACAAGGUGUUCUACCACUGCAACACGGCGGCGUUCGUGGCGUCGGUGGUCGUCAUCAUCAUCGUCCAGAGCAAGGAGCUGAGCGCCGCCGGGCGCUUCGCGCUCAACACGGUCAUGAUACUGGACCUGUUCGGCCUUAUGGGCGCCUACGUCGCCGGGAGCUGCCGGGAUAACACCACCACCAUCUACGUGUCCGCCCUGGCCGUCACCAUCUUUGUCUACAUCAUCGCCAAAGUCGUGGCGUUCGCGGUUGGAGGCCGGGAGAGCGAGCCCACACGGUGGGCGCAAAGAAUGUGGGGUAAGGUUGUACAAGCGUUGCUCCGCCUGUCGCGGCGGCAAGGAGGAGAAGCAACUCAUUCUCCGGCCUCCGAGUCCGAGAGGAAGCGUAUUGAAGAAAAAGCGCUCGAGAGGAGGCGUAAGUUCUUGCUGCAGCUCGCCAUCCUCGCCGCCACCGUCACCUACCAGACCGGACUGAACCCUCCCGGCGGGUUCUGGCCAGAGACAGAGAGCAACGGCGAAAGAUCGCUAACCGCCGGCGACCCGGUUCUCCUCGACCACUACGGGAGCAGGUAUGAGGUGUUCUUCUACUGCAACGCCACGGGCUUCAUGGCGUCCCUCGCCGUCAUUCUCAUCCUGGUGAACCAGAAACUAUACAAGAAGAGCAUCCAGAGCAACGCUCUUCACAUGUGCAUCAUCGUUGGGCUGCUCGGCCUCAUGGGUGCCUACGCUGCCGGUAGCUGCCGGCUGCUGCGCACCUCAAUCUAUGUCUUCGCGCUCGUGGCCGCGGUGGUCGCGUUCCUCGUCCUGCAGAUCCUCUUCUGGGUUGGGCUGCUCGAGCAGCUGUCGCCGUCGUCGGCACCGAUGGGGGCGGGCGACGAGGGCGAAGGCGACUGGCGUCAACAAGAACGAUACCAACUGCGCAAGUCCCUGAUGCUGCUCGGCAUCCUCGCGGCGAGCGUGACCUACCAGGCGGGUCUCGCGCCUCCCGGCGGCACGUGGGGCGACGAUGAUACGGCGUCCUCCCCGUCGCCGUCGCCGUCGCUUUCACCACCGCCGUCGGCUGCAUACCUGUCCCAUGCCGGCAACCCGAUCCUACUCGACACCAACCCGCAACGGUACCAGUACACCCUCAAGGAGCGCUUCGCCCCGCCGUGGGCGAUGCAUAGCCUGCAGACCGCCAUGGUGCUGGACCUGCUCGGCCUGCUGGGCGCCUACGCCGCCGGCAGCUGCAGGGACUGGGAGACGUCCGCGUACGUCAUCGCGCUCGUGGCCGCGGUGGUCGCCUUCAUCACGAUCUACAUCCUGCUGUCAUUUGACGAAGUGCGAGGGACGGCCGAGGAGCUCGCGGUGUGGAAGUACUUUUCUGGAAAGAAGGAAAAGGUGCUGAAUUGCUUGGGAGCAAGCAAUGAUGAUGAUGAUGAUGAUCAAUCAGCCGCAACCUGCUGCUAA